GGUGCCGGCCGGCCGCUCAGUCGGGACGAGGCGGCGGCGCAGCGGGAGCGUCGCUCGGUGGGUCGGAGCCUCGGUCGGGGCAGCGGAGCCGGCCGUGGCCCUGAGCGGAGGGGCGGCUCCGUGCGCGGCGGCCGCCGAGGGGCGAGCGGGGGGCGGCGGCGGCGAUGGGCCCCCGGCGGGGCGGCGGGCGAAGGCUCCGGGCUGCGGGGGAGACGAUGCCGCCGCCGCCGCCGCCGCCCUCCUCCUGACCGCCAUGGAGCCCGAGCCGCCGCCCGGCGCGGGGGCCGCCGAGAGGAGGCCCGAGCCCCCGCCCCCCAACGGGUUCCCUCAAGAGCCUCCAGCCGAACAUGACCCGCCCUUUGCUGCAGAUGUCGAACAGAUGAACGCGCCUCCUUCCGUGCUUCUCUUGAACGCUGGCAAUGACCGGGUGGACCAGCGCACCUGCCUGAUCUGUGGGGACCGAGCCACGGGCCUCCAUUACGGCAUCAUCUCCUGUGAGGGCUGCAAAGGCUUCUUCAAGCGCAGCAUCUGCAACCGGCGGGUCUACCGAUGCAGCCGUGACAAGAACUGCGUCAUGUCUCGCAAGCAGCGCAACCGGUGCCAGUACUGUCGACUUCUCAAGUGCCUCCAGAUGGGGAUGAAUCGGAAAGCCAUCCGUGAAGACGGCAUGCCUGGCGGCAGGAACAAGAGCAUUGGACCUGUCCAGAUCUCCGAGGAAGAGAUCGAGCGGAUCAUGUCCGGCCAGGAGUUCGAAGGGGAGGCCAACAUCUCCUGGUGUAACAACGGAGACAGCGAUAACAGCUCCCCGGGGAACGGGGUGUCGGAAAGCAACCAGCCUUCCCCGGUCUCGACUCCGUCUUCGAGUAGGUCCGUGGAGAUGAACGGAUUUACGGUUCUCAGGGAUCAAUACAUGGGCACGCCGGUGUCUGCCCCCUACCAGUACCUGCCGCACCUUCUCAGCUGCCCCACUCACACGGCCCUGCUGCCCCCCCAACCCCGUAGCCUCGACCCCCAAGCCCAUGGGCUUCUCAUCAGCCAGCUGGUGUCUGCAGAAGACCUGGAGCCCUUGGGCACCCCAAUGCUGAUUGAAGACGGGUACAGAGUGACCCAGGCCGAGCUGUUUGCCCUUCUGUGCCGGCUGGCGGAUGAGCUUCUCUUCCGCCAGAUCUCCUGGAUCAAGAAGCUGCCCUUUUUCUGUGAGCUGUCCAUCAAGGACUACACCUGCCUCCUGAGCUCCACCUGGCAGGAGCUGAUCCUCCUUUCCUCCCUCACCGUCUACAGCAAGCAGAUCUUCGGGGACCUGGCGGACGUGACCGCCAAGUAUUCGCCCUCCGACGAUGAGUUGCACAGGUUCAGUGAAGAAGGGAUGGAAGUUAUGGAAAGACUCAUCUACCUGUAUCGGAAGUUCAGCCAGCUGAAAGUCAGCAACGAGGAAUACGCCUGCAUGAAGGCCAUCAACUUCCUCAACCAAGAUAUUCGGGGCCUGACCAAGGCCUCCCAGCUGGAGCAGCUGAACAAACGAUACUGGUAUGUCUGCCAGGACUUCAUGGAGUUCAAAUACCCGCACCAGCCAAACCGUUUUCCAGAUCUGAUGAUGUGUCUGCCAGAGAUCCGGUAUAUCGCAGGAAAAAUGGUGAACGUCCCCCUGGAGCAGCUCCCCCUCCUCUUUAAGGCCGUCCUGCACUCUUGUAGAGCCUCCAUGAACAAGGAAUGAAGCCGUCCUGGGGCUCCGUGACACCCCCAACACACACUCACACAGCCCAGCAAAGAACGGAGCAGACACCCUGCGACGGGUCGGGGUGGACCAUCUCAACAGCCAGUCCGGCGGGGCAGCCUUGCCCCCGAAAAUCCUUGGGGCCAAAAGGAAUGUCAUUCGUCCCAUUGUCCGGCUGUUUGUCACUGCCUGUGUGUUUGUGUAUGUGUGUGUAUGUGUAUAUGGGGGGGGGGAGUGAUUUAUUUUUUUUUUCGUUUUGCUUUCCUCGUUUCAUUUUGACUCAUUUUCCCCCUCUAAUAUUUAUUUCACGACAGAGUUGAAUGUAUGAUUUUCAACCCCUGCACGGUUUUUUUACCCGCCCCUUCCCCCCCCUCUCUCUCCCCCCACCUGCCAGCCCUCACUGCUUUUUUGGGGUGGUGAGAGGGGGCGUCCCCUCGCAGUUUACAAAAUGUGAAGAUGUUAGUUACAGUGUUUGUUUUUUUUGGGGGGGGAGAGAGGGGGUUAGACUUUUGUGUG